ACACAUCAAGCAAAUACGUGAAUUGUCGAGUUCUUACCUUCAUUAUUCUGAUUAUGUCAUCAUCUGAGAAGAUUAUGGAUUCAGAGCCAGCUAAACUUCAUGCGAUCUCAUCCAUCAUUGUCUCUAUCAUUGUUACCGUCGGGGUGAUCGUUGCUACAGCUAUCCUAGCCGGGGGUGACUACGGAAGAUGCUCGAACUCGUGCAUGAUCACGGAUGGAGGGGCAAGUACCAAAGCUAUGACUUCUAGCAAGGCUAAAGAUGUGAUGAUCAUGAAGGGUGAUGAAGAGAUUGGUAUGCAGACAACAUGGUAUGACUACAGCUCAAACACUUUACAGGCUGAGACACCAUCGGGAACAUCCGGGGAUUUCCUCAAUUCAACUAUUGUCAUUGAUUACAACAGGAUUCAUGGAUGA